GGCUUCGUCCACUUCAGCAGGUGGGGGUUGAGGAAGAGGAGUCUAUAUGGGCAUCUGGAGCUUUUAGGUGGGGAGGGCAGUAGUGGGGGUGGCAUUACCUUAUAAGGAGAGGAAUACAGAAAAGGAGCCAGGCCAGCUUCCUGCUUUGGCUACUACCGAUUGGUCCGUUUACUAACACUGGCUAAAAACCCGGGGUGGGGGGGGAUGCCAGGUGGGCAUCCUACCUGGGCAGACGCCAGUCAGACCGAGACAUGAGGCUGCUUGUUUUUCAGAAGAGGACUUCUGAAUUCUCCGGCCAGACUAACCAGACCUUCUGGUUUCCAUAGGCUGGAGUUGGGAAACACUAGAACCUAUACCCACUGCACAACCCAGGGAACUAAUAGUAUAAGGAAUAUGAGAAAUGAUAAGUCACAAGCACCAGGGACUCUUGUGGGGGCCUAAGUGUAACAAAGACUUUGUAGCAUGGGCAGGCAAAGGCACCAUAUUGCGACUCCUCACGCGGGAAAUCUGAGAUUUUGAAUUUGGGUUUCUACAUCUGAAAGGCUGAUUAAUCGCCCCCCCCCCCCCCCGGGUUGUCAAACACCGCCUUUUGCCACGACUCUUCACCUUGGCUUCGAGUCCUCGGUAUCCGUUCCAGAGCCUUGAUUUCCCACGGCACGUGGUGACUUCUUCCCUCCGGCAGGGAUUGACUGUGAUCCCACACGGCCGCUCCACCUCCCUGUUUUGUUAGUCUGUUGACAAAUAUUUGUCGUGUGACAACCCGUUCUGUGCAUAUUCAGGGCCGUCAAAGACUCUGGUUGGGGACACACGUUUCCUAAAGCAACUUGCAAACGUUAUGGUAGAGGGGGAAAGAGCCAGGCCGUGCCACCUGUCCGAUCUGAGCUCAAACCCUGCCUCUGUCAUGUACAGGCUAGGGGACUGUGGGCAAGGUCACCGGUCGUCUCAGGGCCCCAGGUGCCUCCCUUGCACAGUGGCGGUAAUGGUACCUCCCGUGUUCAUAAGGAUCAGAAAUGAGUGCGAAAGAAGCCGGGCACCCAGGAGGCAUUAACAAAGUAUUCCGUCAUCACAAUUAUCAUCAUACAGGAUGCCCUGAUGUUGCACUACAAUGAUCACUGAGGGGCUACAGCAUGCGGACACCUUCAGGAUACUCUCUUCAGGGGGAGAGUCCCCCUUCUACCUCGUCAUGUCUCGCCGAAGCCAGCGCCUCACGCGCUACUCCCAGGGCGAUGAUGACGGCGGCAGCAGCAGUGGAGGGAGUUCGGUGAUGGGGAGCCAGAGCACCCUGUUUAAAGACAGCCCUCUCAGGACCUUGAAGAGGAAGUCCGGCAACACGAAGCGCCUCUCCCCAGCGCCGCAGCUGGGCCCCUCCUCCGACACGCACACGUCCUACUACAGCGAGUCGGUGGUCAGGGAGUCCUACUUUGGCAGCCCCCGGGCCGCCUCCCUUGCCAGGAGCUCCAUCCUCGACGACCAGCUGCAUAGCGACCCCUACUGGGGUGAGGAUCUGCGGGUGAGGAGGAGGAGAGGCACGGGCGGCACCGAAAGCAGCAAACUCAACGGGCUCUCUGAGAACAAGGGCUCCGAGGACUUCCUGGGGUCCUCCUCGGGUUACUCUUCAGAGGAUGACUAUGCAGGAUACUCGGAGACUGACCACCGUGGUUCGGGUUCACGGUUAAGGAACGCAGCCUCUUGGGCAGCCUCUUUUUUCUGGAUGGUGGUCACUUCUCCAGGCCGGCUGUUUGGACUCCUCUACUGGUGGGUUGGCACCACCUGGUAUCGCCUGACAACAGCUGCCUCCCUCCUCGAUGUCUUCGUUUUAACCAGGCGCUUCUCAUCCGUGAAGACAUUCCUGUGGUUCCUCUUGCUGCUGCUGCUUCUGACCGGCCUGACCUAUGGUGCCUGGUAUUUCUACCCCUAUGGGCUGCAGACCUUCCACCCUGCGAUGGUUUCCUGGUGGGCAGCGAAGGGCGGCAGCAGGCAGCAUGACGUGCGGGAGUCCAGAGACUUCCAGCUGGCUGAGCAGCGCAUCUUGUCCCGGGUACACUCUCUGGAGCGGCGCCUAGAAGCUCUCGCUGCCGACUUUUCCUCCAACUGGCAGAAGGAGGCUGUGCGGCUGGAACGUCUGGAGCUGCGGCAAGGGGCCGCUGGUGGGGGAGGCCAUGUAGGCCUGAGCCACGAGGACACCCUGGCACUUCUAGAAGGGCUGGUGAGCCGCCGCGAGGCUGCCCUGAAGGAGGACUUCCGUAGGGACACCGCCGCUCGGAUCCAGGAAGAGCUGGUCACCCUGAGAGCAGAACAUCAACAAGACUCAGAAGACCUCUUCAAGAAAAUCGUCCAGGCCUCCCAGGAGUCUGAGGCUCGACUGCAGGAGCUGAAGUCCGAGUGGCAAAGGAUGACCCAAGAGUCCUUCCGAGAGAACUCCAUGAAGGAGCUGGGGCGACUGGAGGGCCAGCUGGCAGGCUUGCGGCAGGAGCUGGCGGCCCUGAGCCUGAAGCAGAGCUCGGUGGCAGACCAAGUGGGCCUCUUGCCCCAGCAGCUGCAGGCGGUGAGGGAUGACGUGGAGUCCCGGUUCCCUGCCUGGAUCAGUCAGUUCCUUCUGCGCGGCGGGGGGGCCCGCAACGGGCUCCUUCAGCAGGAAGACAUGCAAGUUCAGCUGCGGGAGCUGGAGGGCAGGAUCCUCGCCCACGUGGCCGAGAUGCGGGGCGAGUCGGCGAGGGAGGCCGCCGCCAGCCUGGGGCUGACGCUGCAGAGGGAAGGCGUGAUCGGGGUGACAGAGGAGGUGCAGCGCAUCGUAAACCAGGCCCUGAAGCGCUACAGUGAGGACCGCAUCGGGAUGGUGGACUACGCUCUGGAAUCAGGAGGGGCGAGUGUUAUCAGCACCCGAUGUUCUGAGACCUAUGAGACCAAGACGGCCCUCCUCAGUCUCUUCGGCAUCCCCCUGUGGUACCACUCCCAGUCGCCCCGAGUCAUUCUCCAGCCAGAUGUGCACCCAGGCAACUGCUGGGCCUUCCAGGGGCCCCAGGGCUUUGCUGUGGUUCGCCUUUCUGCCCGCAUCCGCCCCACUGCUGUCACCUUAGAGCAUGUCCCCAAGUCCUUGUCCCCCAACAGCACCAUCUCCAGUGCCCCCAAGGACUUUGCCAUCUUUGGAUUUGAUGAAGAUGCGCAGCAAGAGGGGACACUUCUUGGCCAGUUCACCUACGACCAGGAUGGGGAGCCCAUUCAGACCUUUUAUUUUCAGGACACUAAAAUGGCCACAUACCAGGUGGUGGAGCUUCGGAUCUUGACUAACUGGGGCCACCCCGAGUACACCUGCAUCUACCGCUUCCGGGUGCAUGGGGAACCCACCCACUAGGCCUUCUCUGUGCUGCUGCCAGCCAGCUGGGAGGCCAGCCCCUCCCAGCACGUGCCCCCUUCUCUGGGAGUGGGAGAGCAGCACCCCUGCCCCUUCCCCACAUGCUUGACCAGCGCACUGACUUCCAGGAGCAAGAACCUCUGGCCCGAUGGAGACAAGAAAGAAUAUGCAGGGCUUUCCUAGCGCGGGGCAGCUCGAGGUAGACAGCAAGUUCCAGCGUCCCUUUUUGUGACCUCCUUGUGCCAGGCACUGGGUGUCUACUUCCCCCUCUUGGGAGGGUGUAUAUAUGUAGCAUAUCAUGGGGUGAUCGUGAGGCAGGGGGAGAGGCAGUGAGUGGACCUAUGUCGUCCCAGCAGAGGUGGGUGAAACCUGUCUGCCCCUUACCCAGGAUGGGGGGCUGGCACCCAAGGAGCUGCGGUUGGUAGGCGUGUGAAUGAAGCAGGUGCCAAAGCCAUGGGUGGGACAAGCAAGGGCCUGGGGCAGGUGAGCUGCCCCUAUCACCUGGCAGGGAAGUGACGUCCUCUAGGAGGAAGGUGCUCACAGUGCAGGCUGGGGCUGAGCCCCAGGCAGGAAGCUGCUUGUGCAGGGCAGCCGGGCUCUUCCAGAAAUCUAGUGCCAUCAACCUAUGGCGCUUGACCCCCUAACGUCCCCCAAAGGCCUCUCUAUACACUGUAUGUGUUCUGGGUCAGAGUGGGCCACGGGGCUUCUCAUACCCUUGAGGGUCGGGCUCCUAUGAGCCUCUAAGGGAGGCUGCCUCUCUGGCUCUGAGGGGUCAGGGGGGCAGCCAGUAGGAUUCCCCCUCUGCUGGGGUUAGUGCUUUCUCUCUCCCCUGAUGUUGGGACCGAGGCCCACUCUGCUCCCCAUUCCUGCUAGGGCAUGCCUGUGCCCCAGAGCAAGCUUGCCACAUUCCCCCAAGGUGCAGGGAGCCCAGACCUGCCUUUUGAGGCCAUAAGCAGCUGGGGUAAGCUUAAAAGGGUGGGGAGCAGCAUACUCCCCAGACUCUCGGGAUGGUCCAAUGAGAAUGAUGGUGACGUUCAGGGUGUCGUGGUGGGAAGAGGCCUGUCCGCACUGUGGGCCUUGUCCCACCGCCACCUGACUGUAAGGGGCUCAGCUACUCCCUUGAGACUCUCAGCUCUUGCUCAGAUUGUUUCCUUUCCGGCUCGUUUUCUAGGGGGGGUGGGGUGCUGUCAGGGGUGUGGGCUGGGGGAAGAGAGGGCUUUGAGACCCAGCAGACUCUGCUGUAUUAUGUAUAUAUUUUUCAAGGUCUGUUUUUUAACUGAAAAGCUUUGGGCUUGAUUCCUAGCCCCGUUCUGUGGGGCACCGGGUGAUUUCAGUUCCUUGUAACCUGGCUGCCAGGGGGGGCUGCGGUGCAGGCAGGUGCCGUAAGAACAGGGCUGAGCCCCAAAUGGGCUCCAAGGGGAUGGAGCUAGAAGGAAGGUGAGGCCUAAGGCCACCUGUGGGCCUUUGGCACUGGCCCCGGCUCAGCCCCCGCCCCCCACAGACAACCAGGUUCCAUUUUGCGCUCUCCUGUCACAAAUGCUGCACUAUUGGUUCUGAAUUUUUUAUCUCCAGAUUCUAAUUUAUGCCUAUGCAAAAAAAAUAAAUAAAUUAUGCCCAGGAUUAA